AUGUCAAAGAAGAAGUCUAGCUUAGGUAGGCAAAAAAUUCCUAUUGAAAAAAUACCAAAAAAAAGUCAUUUACAGGUUACUUUCUCUAAGCGUCGUUCAGGUUUAUUCAAAAAAGCUAGUGAACUUUGCACCCUCUGCGGUGUUGAGAUUGCCAUUGUAGUUUUCUCUCCUGCUGAUAAGGCAUUCUCUUUUGGUCAUCCAGAAGUUGAGUCAAUCAUUGAUCGAUUCUUGACUCGCAAUCCUCCACAAGAUUCUAGUGCUCACCAACUUGUUGAGGCUCAUAGAAAUGCUAAUGUUCGCGAUCUCAACAUCCAAUUGACUCAACUUCUUAACCAUUUGGAGAUUGAAAAGAAACAAGGGGAAGAGAUAGAACACAUGAGGAAAGCUAGACAAAGGCAAUUUUGGUGGGAGAGCCCUAUUGAUGAACUUGGCUUGCAUGAAUUGGUCCAAUUGAAGGGUUCUAUUGAAGAGUUGAAGAAGAACUUGGGAAAAUUUGCUAGCAAAUGCAUCAUGGAACAAUCUAAUGUGUCUACACCAAAUAUUGGAAUUAGUGGAUUUGGACGUUAUGAUUCUCUUGAAAACAAACCUGGUGUUGGAAUUAAUUUGGCUCCCACAAUUCCUAAUGCCUAUUAUUAUGGUUUUAGAAAUGGGUAUCUUUGAAGAAAAAAAAACAUUUUUUUUUUAAU